AUGGCCGCUUACGAGGACCUGAAAUCGGCGACCGAGGGCUGGUAUUGCCGCCCUCUUCCUGCACCAAUGGUAACGGGCGUGCUGCCCCGUGGAGAAAUCGAGCCUUUUCUCGAACUCACGGACGACAUCGGGGCCAACGAGAACCCACUGGUGCACUACAUUGAUUUCAUCACGGGGCAUAGAGACCCAGUCCCCCCCGAGCUCGACGAGCAAUACAAGGCGGCCUGGAAGGACGACAGCUACCACAAUCUGCCGCCACCGUUCGGGUUCAAGACGGCGCCGCAACACCACAUGACGCUGCAGAUUUGUAUCCUUGACGCCCCCGACGGCACGAAGACCAUAAUCAAACACUGCGUCAUCCCCAACAAGGCGAAGACGGCCGUCUUCGCCAGCAUGGCUUUCGGGAGCGUCAAGAAGCUCUGCUUCCAGCAUCCCAAGGUGGGGGUCAAGGUCUGGCAAUACGCCUUCGAGCGGUUCGGAGGCAAACAGUGUCGGGCUUUCUUCUUAUCGCCAGACGUCAAGACGGCCACCAAGGUGAACGAGUUCUACGAGCUCUCGGACGAGGAUAUAAACGCUGGCUUCGAAUACAUCCUGAAGAACGCGCCUCGCUCCACGGCCGAGCUCAAGCAGCUGGUAUGGCAGACGAAGGCGCUACGCAAAGGCGCCCCCCUCUACGGCUGGCCCGCCCCCCUGGUGGCGAAGGCGUUGAGCGGGCUCGCGGCGGAGGGCGCGCUUGCAAAGAAGGAGUUCGAAAACAACGUGAUCCUCUGCGAGGACCACUUCAACCUUCGCGUUCUCGAAGCCAUGCAGGAGCUGAUCAACAGCAACGAUUCGCUUGUCCUCAUUGGGGAGCCCAACAUCGGCAAGACGCCGCUCGGGCGCGCAUUCCUGAUGGCAAUGUGCCGCAGGAACGCGCGGGUCCACGGAUUGGACCCCGCGGGUUGUUGCAUCCGCGUCACGCCUGAGAUCGAUUUCUUGCGAGGCGAGCCCGGCGACAUUCUCAUGGGGGACUUUGUGGACGAUGGCUGCUUGAAUCUCCUCCCGCCCAAGAUGGUGAAGGCCUUGCUCGACGUCGGCCAGUACGAGAGCAUGUGCUGGGCCAGGUGGGGCGCAACGAAAUGGAAGAAGGGGGAGCCUCGGUGCUUGGCGGACCAGACUUACGAUCCGAAUGCCGAGAAGCUGGACCGCUGGCCCUCCGUGAAGUUCCAGGAAUUCUUCGAGCUCGUGCGCCCUGCCUUCUCCGAGAAGGCGACCCGCGCAUGCAUGCUGGCUUUCUUCAAGCGUUCUGCGUUUCUGGUGAAUACCCAGGAAUACCUCUACUGGCGCCCAGCAGGCACUGAGGAGAAAGAUGUUCCGCGCAUUAACUUCAAGGGCGAGACCUUCCUGACGGCCGAGGGGAAGCGCCUGUACCUACUGCAGAAGGACGGCGACAUGACCCCGCCCGCCAAUAUCCAGCAGCUCUUGGAGAAGGAGCGGCUCCUCGUGGACUCCGCCGUGGAGAAGAACCGCAAGAAGUCCUCAGACGCGGCCCUCGGUUCUUUGCCAGCCCCGUCGUUCGCCCAGGUGAAGCGAGAGCGCGUGUCCCCUGAGCGCCUGACGUUUCGGAAGCGCCUGCUCUCGGGGAUGACGCUCAAUGUCGACAGCCCGUCCCCCGCCAAGCAACAUGCCGCGGCGUCGUCCACUGCAUCUGGGCCCGCGGCCCCGCCCCGCGACGAUCUCGAGGUCCAGCUCUCGCAGAUGCUGGCCGAGGAGGGGGCGCCCGCUGUGCCUGCGAUGCCCUCGGCUGCGGAGGAGGACGAGGUGCGGCGCGCGGGUUUCGCGGGCAGCGAUGGCACCCUCAGCUCGGGCGCUGAUGCCGCGCGCGCUGCCGAGAAGCGUCGCAACAAGCGGUCGGUGCAGGCCGCCUCGCGCCGCCGCGACAUUUUGGCCAAGGCGCGGAAGGCGCGCAAGGCGGCCCAGGCCAAACGCAAGCGCUUGGAAGCCACGGGCGUGUUCUACACGCCCAAGCGCCAGCGGGUGUCCCGCGUGCGGCGCGGCAGGUCUUCCUUAGCCAAGAUCUACACGUACGAGGACCUCAGGGCUCUGAAGACCAAGGAUGCUUACGACUUGAUGGUCCAGGCGGGGUACCUCGGCGACCCCUCCGAGAACGUUUGCCCCAGGUGCGGAUGGCCAUUGGGUUCGGUGAUUCACAGGGGCGAGAAGCGGCAUCCAGUCCAGAGGUGUCAGCGCAAGGCCUGCUCGUCGUCCUCGGUGCAGGUGAAGGUCACGAGCGGCACGUGGGCGGAUGUGGAAGUGCCUCUCCCGAAGCUGGCGGGCGUCGCCUUCCUGUCGUGCGGCGCCCUGACGUCCCGCAUGAGUACAGCCGACAUGGCGCUGAUUGCCAAGAUGGGCCACAAGCAGUGCGAGGCGGUCAGGCAGAGUUUGCUGGAGAUCGUCUCGGCUGCUUCGAGGGAAGAGCAGAAGUCGAUCGUGCUGAGCGGCCAGUGCGAGACCGACGCCACGACCCUGCGGGUCGUCCAGCUCAAGAACGGGCGCUACAUGCACAUCCGCGUGUUCGGCAUGUGCAAGCGCGGAGACCACGAACACGCCGUCGUGCACAUGCUGCCGCCCUUCUAUGCGGUCCGUGGCGGCCCGACGCGCCCCGAGAGCACGGAUGAGACCGCGCCGCUGAUCUCAGCUCACACGGGGGCCGACGUGCUGAUCUGGCACACAGACGGAGCGCGGUGCUACCGCCGCCUCGAGAACCACACGAAGGUCAAGCACGCCAAGCGCAUCUGGGCGACUGUCAAGACGCUGACCCUGAGCGGGGGCGACGUCCUGUGCUGCUACGGCGGGACGCAGCUCCAGGACGGGCUGUGGUCGCACGUGAAGAACGUCGUCCCAACCACGAUGAACACGUACAGCAAGGAGUCGCAGGCGCAGCUCGAGAACUGGGUGCACUUCUGGGCGUGGCGCUACAGGCGCGCCAGCUGUCCAGAUAUGUUUCUCGAGCUCGGCUCGGCCGUCGCCAUGGCCAGGUUGAAGGGCCACGUCUGGUGA